UUAUGCAAAGAGCAGCCUCGGGCUUUCACACGAGAAUCUCCGCUUUCUCAGGGCGGCCCAGCUGCACAUUCCAAACGUCCCCGAGUUCCGCCGGCCCCGUCGGCGGGCGGUCCCGGCGGCCCCCGCGCCCCUCCGCACUCCUCCGCGAGCGUGCCGGCUCACUCGCGGCUCCGUCCGCCUCGGCCAGCUCGCGCUCAGACGCUCCUUGCCCGCUCCUCCCCUCCCGACCGGCCGACAGAUUGACGGACAGACCGGCUGACGGAGAGCCGCGGCCAAAAAGGCAGAGCAUUCCUCAGCUGUCCCGGCGUCCAGGGUGGUGACUGCUCCGUGCCGCCUGCGCCCCGUGUGUGAAGCCGCCGAAGAGCUGCCAGAGCGCCCCCUGCAGAUGAGGCUGGCUCCCCGCGCGUGAUGGCUCCUGUGCUGAGUGCGGCCUGGGCUCAGGGCGUGGCGGGGGCCUCGGCGGAGCUGGGGGGCGGGCAGCUGGCCCUGGUGGGCACCGUCACCGCCGUCUCCGCCUUCCUGCUCCUCUCGCUGCUCUUACUGCUGUGUACCGGCUGCCAGGGACAAAAGAAGGCGAACGCGCUCGUGGGAGAGCGCGAAAAUCUGACCAAUGGGGUGUCAGAGAGGGAGGCGUUUAGCCAGUCCGUUGACAGCCCCGCGACUGACAUGGUGGCCAGCAGCUCCCAGAAUGGGCCCCUGACCAGCGGCACAGUGCUGUCAGAGGACACAUUGGACACCAGUCCCCAGCCCUCCGAGGACAUGUUGUCCAGCCAGUCAGAGCUGAGGUCCUCCAAGUGCCCGCAGGACCGCGAGCUGCCGAGCAUCCCCCCCAGCGGCGGCUUGGAGGGGGCAGUGGUGGACCCACAGGCCUCCACCGGGGACGGGACCUACGAGGUGGUGAAGGAGACGGCCUCUCGGGACGUGAGUGCCGAGGAUUCCCUGUACGAGACCGUUAAGGAGCUGAAGGAGGUGGAGUCCAAGGCGCUGCUGAACGGGGCCUCGGCCCCGAGCCCCGCUUCCGCACCCCCACCCCUCCUCAACGGCGGCCUCAGCCCCGCGACCCCGGACCCGGCGCUCCUCUCCACGGGGGCCGAGUACGCCUCCGUCGACCUCAACAAGAAGAGCCGCUACAGCGCCGACAUGGAGGGCAGGCGGCCCCCCGAGGCCCCACCCAAGGAACCAGAGGACGAGAAGCCGCCGCCCAUCCCGGACAAGGUGCUGGACGAGAACGAUAACCAGCCGGCGCCCCUCGUGCCCGGGGCGGGGCUCCAGAACGGCGAGAUAAACAGUCCCCUGUCUCCUAGCACUGGGUUGGAGAAUCACCAGCUCUUGGAGAACGAGCUAUCGGCCAUGUACUCAUCCGUUGUGAAGCCCUCCGCGGUGGAGAAGGAGAACGACUACAGCAGCAUCGCCGAAAUCAACGGUCUGCUGCCCGAGUCCAGCUCCAGCGACCUGUAUGCCACGGUGACAGACACUUACCAGUCGGUGGCGUCCAGCACCCCUCCCGGGGUGCAGGAGAAGGCCAGCGAGCACACCGACCCCGGGUACGAGACCAUUGGGAUCCUGAAGGCGGGGGACGAGGGGGCCGGCUCGGCUCAGAGGGACCCCGACUACGCGACCGUGGGGGAGCUGGAGCUGGGCAGGGAGAUCUCCAGACUCUGACUGCAACACUGACGAUGUGAUACCCAUCCCUCCACCCCCA